AUGAUGAUCGAUAAAUUCGAAGAACAGAAACAAGAAAUUUCGAGAAUUUCAACAUUGCUUCAGGAUAUUCAGAAGAAGGUUGAAAUACUUAGUGAGAAGUUCAAGGAAGAAGAGAAAAUCGAGGAGGAAAUUUUUAUGCAUGGCCUGAAGAAGAGUCAAUACGAUUAUUUGGCUAAAUUUGGUGCGAUAGGACAUUUCGCAGAAAAGGACGAAUGGUCGACAUUUGGGGGCAAAAAGUCGAUAUCAACAAACAAGAGCGCCCAAACGCUGCUUCUUCUUGCGCUAGAAAGUGGAUUGACAAAGUUUUCAUUAAAAGCGACAGGCGCUAAAUUCAGUCUAAAACACGAGUGCUCAUCGAUUCGAUAUAAUUAUGAUCGUGUUGAUGGACACUUUGCUGAGCUGAGUUUGGCAGUUCAGACGAAAGGCGAGAAACGGGAGUUUAUUGCUGAUUGCUUUGCGAUUAAUUCAGUGACUGGAAUUCAAGAGGCCAAAAUUGGAAGCAGAAAAACGUCAGAAGCGAAAGUUGUUUCCUUCAGAUUUGAUCUAAAGUCGACAAAAGCCGAGUCUAUCUACUACCGAUUUCAUGUGACCAUUCUUAACUGUAUCUCUGUCAACUGUAUUUGA